UAACAUUUAUUACGUCAUCAAUGACGAAAUCAUGAACAGCCCCCAGGUUCGAUCUCUAUAAGUAAGGGUUCACACAUCAUCACUCUGCCAUUCGCAAAUUCUGGAAUCAACCAUGGCUGCGACUUAUGUUGAAGAAGUGCUUCCUCCGGUGUUGGAUUCUACUUCAGAACCUCCUCCUCUCUUUGAUGGAACUACUAGGCUGUAUGUCAAUUACCAGUGCCCAUUUGCGCAGCGUGUAUGGAUCGUCAGGAACUAUAAGGGCUUACAGGACGAGAUAAAACUGGUCCCAAUUGACCUUCAAAACAGGCCUGCUUGGUACAAGGAGAAAGUAUAUCCCCAAAAUAAGGUGCCUUCGUUGGAGCACAAUGGCAAAAUUAUUGGGGAGAGUCUGGAUUUGGUAAAAUAUAUAGAUACCAACUUCAAAGGACCAUCUCUAUUACCUGAUGAUCCAGCUAAGAAGAAAUUUGCUGAGGAGUUGAUUGCCUAGCAGGAUACAUUUAUAAAUAAUGUAUUUGCGUCAUUCAGAGGAGACCCUGCGAAGCAAGCAGGUUCUGAAUUUGAUUACUUGGAAACUGCACUCCAUAAGUUUGAGGAGGAUGGACCUUUCUUCCUCGGUCAGUUUAGCCAAGUAGAUGUUGUCUAUGUUCCAUUUGUUGAGAGAAUUCAGCCCUUUCUCUACGAAGUGUGGAAAUAUGAUAUUACAUCAGGGAGGCCAAAAUUAGCCAAAUGGAUUGAGGAAAUAAAUAAGAUUGAUGCUUACAAGCCAACGAAAGCUGAUCCUCAGCUUAUUGUGCAAAAAUAUAAAAGCAUGUUUCUGGGUCAAAAGUGAACGAUGCUUAGAGAGAGAGAGAGAGAGCACAUAGGUUUCAUGUUAUGGUGCCAGAUGUUGUUUUAAUAACGUAAAUAAGAUCCCAACUUGUAUUUCUAUGCUCAGAAUUUGUAAUAAAGUGCUCCUCUUGUUUGUGAUUGGAAUAAUUUAUUUAUAUUUUGAACCACUAAAA